AUGGGCUUCGACCCCAGUCGCCCGGACAUUCAUCUCGGCCACGUCGUAGGGCUGCGAAAACUGCGCCAACUUCAGGACUUGGGGCACCAGUUGAUUCUGAUUGUAGGAGACUGGACUGCCCAGAUCGGGGACCCCAGCGGCCGCUCUGCCACCCGGCCCAUGCUCACCCACGAAGAGGUUAUGGAAAACGCCCAGUCCUACCUCCGACAAUUCUUCAAAGUAGUUGAUCGGGAUCGGGCACAGGUUGUUUACCAAAGUGAGUGGUUCGGCAAGUUUUCCCUGGCCGAUGUCAUUGGAUUGACUGGUCGAUUCACUGUAGCCCAGUUCCUGGAACGCGACGACUUUGCAAAGCGCUUUGCGGAACACCGCCCAAUUGCUAUCACCGAAUUGCUCUAUCCUCUGCUACAGGCCUACGAUUCGGUGGCAAUCCAGUCGGAUGUGGAGUUUGGGGGCACCGAUCAGAUGUUCAAUCUGCUGGUCGGACGGGAACUUCAGGAGAUGAUGGGGCAGCGUGCCCAGCAGUGCUUCCUCAUGCCCAUUUUAGUAGGAACCGACGGCGUCCAGAAAAUGAGCAAGAGCCUUGACAACUACGUGGGGGUGGAAGAGGCACCCGACGACAUGUUUGGCAAGAUUAUGUCCCUUCCCGACGAGUUCAUCGUUUCCUACUUUGAAUACUUGACCGACGCCCCCGUUGAGGGACAAACGGUCAACCCGAUGGAUUUGAAAAAGCGGCUGGCCGAAGAGAUUACAGAGGUUUUUCACGACCAGCAGGCUGCCGCAGCCGCGCGGGACCGCUUCGAACGGGUCGUCCAACAACGUUCACUUCCCGACGAUAUGCCAGUGGUAUCCCUGUCAACCGUGUCUGGCCCCCGGUGGAGCAACGCGCUGGUGUCGGCCGGCCUCGUGUCCAGUGUCAGCGAUGGCAAGCGGAUGAUUAACCAGGGCGCCGUCGAAUUGUUCCCCCCCUCGGGCCAAUCCCUAAAGAUUACGGAAGACGGUCGGUUCGAAGCACCGGAACCCGGUACGGCCGUUAAGGUAGGCCGACGCCGGUUCGCUUCAUUCCAGGAAUAA